UUUCCAUAUAAAUACUCCAACAUGGUACCCCAAUUUUCAUUGCAAGAAAAACCAUUGACUCUAUUAACCCCUUUUCUGCACAUCACAUUCACAGCAGCCAUGUUAAAGCUCGAGCUCUCAACUUCUUUGGUCUUUUGCUUUCUUUCCUUUCUCUUCUUGUUCCUCGUCAGUUUCAAGUCCAUUUUCACAAGUUUUUCUUCCUCCACCUCAAAGUCCGCUAAGAUUCCAUCAUCAUUCCCACUUAUCGGCUCGUUCUUCGCAUUCUAUCCUAAUCGAAACCGAUUCAUCCAAUGGACAUCGGAUGUGAUAACUACUAUACCCACUUCCACCUUUGUCCUCAACCGCCCUCUAGGCCGCCGCCAAGUCUUCACUGCCAAUCCUUCUAAUGUCCAGCACAUCCUCAAGACCCAUUUCCAUAACUACCAAAAGGGUGAUAUCUUUCGAACAAAUAUCUCGGACCUACUCGGCGAUGGCAUCUUUAAUGCUGAUGGUGAGAACUGGAAGUUCCAGAGACAAGUUGCUAGUCAUGAAUUCAACACCAAAUCUUUACGCAAAUUUAUAGAGACUGUUGUGGACAUCGAGCUCUCAGACCGCCUCAUUCCCAUCUUGUCUGCCGCUGCUGCAAACAAAACUGUGUUGGACCUGCAGGACAUUCUGCAGAGAUUUGCCUUCGAUAACAUAUGCAAAAUUGCUUUCGGACACGAUCCUGCUUAUUUGCUACCAUCUCUCCCGCAAGAAAAAUUUGCAGUAGCCUUCGAAACAGCAGUUCGAAUCAGCAGCAAAAGAUUCGAAUACAUUCAUCCCUUGUUUUGGAAAACUAAACGAUUUCUCGACAUUGGAUCCGAGAAACAGCUUCGAAUUGCAGUCAAUGAAAUUCGGGAGUUCGCCAAAGAACUCGUCAAAGAAAAGAAGCAAGAACUUGGUGAAAAGUCAUCGCUUGAAUCCGUUGAUCUUCUAUCACGAUUCUUGAGUUCUGGACAUUCAGAUGAAAUCUUCGUCACCGAUAUAGUCAUCAGCUUUAUAUUGGCGGGUCGCGACACCACAUCGGCGGCCUUGACAUGGUUCUUCUGGCUGGUCUCAAGACACCCAGAUGUCGAAAAGGAGAUUCUGAAAGAGAUCAAUGAGAAGUCGGAAGCUGCGAGUUUUGAGGAAGUGAAGGACAUGGUUUACACGCACGCGUCGCUGAGCGAGAGCAUGAGACUCUACCCGCCAGUCCCCGUUGACGGAAAACAAGCGGUGGAUGAUGACGUGUUGCCGGAUGGCACGGUUGUGAAGAAAGGUAUGAGGGUUGCUUACCAUCCUUACGCAAUGGGGAGGUCAGAGAAGCUGUGGGGGACGGACUGGGCAGAAUUCCACCCGGAGAGAUGGUUGGCAAAGAGAGAUGCCGCCACCGGAAAGCGGAACUUCGUGGCGAGGGACGCAUACGAGUAUCCGGUAUUCCAGGCAGGUCCGAGGAUAUGCUUGGGGAAGGAGAUGGCGUUCUUGCAGAUGAAGAGGGUUGUUUCGGGUGUCUUGCGGCGUUUCCGGGUAGUGCCGGCAUUUGAGGAAGGAGUGGAGCCGGAAUUCAUAACUUAUCUAACAUCGAAGAUGAAAGGCGGUUUUCCGGUGACGAUCGAGGAGAGGCGGUUUUCCGGUUUUCCAGCCUCAGAGUAGUAUGUAAUGUGCUAAAUUUGUGUGUCAAAUAUGUGGUUUUGUUUAAUUGGUUUGAAUAUUGCUUUUAAGUUUAAGUAAUGUUAGGUAUUAUAAAAAAUUAUUUUAUGAAAA